GAUAUGCUACAGCUCCGGACCCAAAAAAGAAAAAAAGAAAAAAAAAAGGGUCAUGACUCGUGUGAAGUUCAGCCGUCACUGAGAGGAUUAGCCUCCCGAGUCCUACAGUAGUACUCCUCUUUCUCUGCCGGCAACGUAACAACAAUCACAAUCACUUGAGGCUAACGGCGUCUCCCAUGGCCGCUUCUACUUGUACAGUUUACCGUUUUUCUGAUCUCCGUGUAGCCUCCACUUCUCAAACCCUAUCUCCUCCCAACAACAGUAAAAUUUUCAGUUUUCCCCGUAGUAGUAGAAGCAGCUUUUCAGCGUUGCGCACUACCGCAGCAAAGAUUGACAGCGGCGCAAAUGUGAGUAGUGAUAAAGGGAAAGAAGAGAAACAACAAGAGUUGGAAGAAGAGGAGGUAGAAGAGGAGCUUCCAUGGAUACAGGAGAAAGCAUUGGACCUGGUUGAAUUCACCGGUUCUGUGACUCAGGCUCUUCCUGGGCCCAGGGUCGGCCAGACCUCCUUCCCAUGGAUUCUAACGGUUCCCUUGGCUUACUUUGGUAUUACUUUUGUCAUUGCCUUCGUCAAAACCGUCCGCAAGUUCAAUUCCCCUCGGGAGAAGCGUCGUAAAUUGGUCAACAAAAAUGCUGUGCUAUGCAAGUUAAUCGAUGAAUUAUUUGAGAAAGGAAAAGACAAUGUUGAGCCUGCAAGUUUGAAGGGACUGGCAGAAAAGGUAGGUUUUGAUAUGGAGGAGAUUUUCCGAAAAUAUAUUCGGUACUCCUUGAAUGAGAAGCCAUUUAGCCCGGAUUUAGUAGCAGAUUUAAUUCAGUUGAGGAAAGCAUCAAUGCUGACUGAUUCUGAAGUAGCUGUAGUACUGAACGAAAUUUCACGUCGAAUUGUUCAAGACAAAGGUCCAGUGGUUAUGGAUAUAUCAGGCUAUUCUGAGAAGGGUUUGAAGAGAAAACUUGCUGUGCAAGCUCUUUUUGGGAAGAUUUAUUAUCUCUCUGAG